GGCUGGAAUGCUCCCGGGGCGGGGAGGGCGGCGCGUGCGUGCGACACUGUAACCGGGGGCCGGGGCCGGGGCCGGAGCCGGAGCCGGAGCCGGGGGCGGCCGGGGGGGCCGCUCGGUGCCUGCGGAGCCAGCGCCCGGGCCCGGCGGUGGCGCGAUGAACAAGCUCCGGCAGAGCCUGCGGCGGAAGAAGCCGGGCUACGUGCCCGAGGCCAGCCGGCCGCACCAGUGGCAGGCAGACGAGGAGGCCGUGCGCCGGGGCAAGUGCAGCUUCCCUGUGCGGUACCUGGGCCACGCGGAGGUGGAGGAGUCCCGUGGGAUGCACGUGUGUGAAGAGGCCGUGAAGAAGCUGAAAACAAGCGGGCGCAAGUCGGUGAAGUCGGUUCUGUGGGUGUCGGCCGACGGGCUGCGGGUCGUGGACGACAAAACAAAGGAUCUCAUCGUCGACCAGACCAUUGAGAAGGUUUCGUUCUGCGCCCCCGACCGCAACUUCGACAAGGCCUUUUCCUACAUCUGCCGCGACGGCACCACCCGCCGCUGGAUCUGCCACUGCUUCCUGGCCCUCAAGGACUCGGGCGAGCGGCUGAGUCACGCCGUGGGCUGCGCCUUCGCCGCCUGCCUGGAGCGCAAGCAGAAGCGGGAGCAGGAGUGCGGGGUGACGGCCUCCUUCGGCGCCAACCGCGCCAGCUUCGCCCGCCAGGGCUCCUUCCGCGCCCCGGCCGCCCGCCCGCCGCCGGACAGCCAGAAAGCGGAGGCCGCCCCCGCCGCCGCCCCCUCGGCGCCCCCCGGCCCCGCCCAGCCGGGCAGCGUCUCCCCGCCGCAGGGGGCCCCCUCGCCGGCGGAGAAGGGGGAGGGGGGCCCCCAGCACGCCAUCCCGCGCCGCCACGCGCCCCUGGAGCAGCUGGUGCGGCAGGGCUCCUUCCGCGGCUUCCCCGCCCUCAGCCAGAGGAACUCGCCCUUCAAACGCCAGCUCUCGCUGCGGCUCAGCGACCUGCCCUCCACCCUGCAGCGCACGGGGGGCUUCCCGGCCCGGGGCGCCGUGCUGGAGCUGGAGUCGACCCCGCCCGGCGACAGCGACGGGAUCAGUGCCCUCUGCAGCCAGAUCGAUGCCUCCUUCACCCGCCCGCCCGCCGACCCCUUCAGCCCCACGGCCGCCGACGGCACCGCCUCCCCCCCCACGGGGCUCCCCCAAGGGCCGGCCGCCUGGGGCGAGCCCGGGGCGGGGGCCCCCUCGCCGGCCCCCCCGUUCCAGCCCGGACACAAGCGGACCCCGUCGGAGGCCGAGCGCUGGCUGGAGGAGGUGGCCCAGACGGUCAAAGCUCAGCAGCUGGCCCCUUCCGCGGCGCCCGUGCCCGCGGCCCUGCCCGCCACGCUGCCCCCGUACCCCGUGAGCUACGCCGCCGCGCCCGCCCCCGUGGGCAUCUUCCGGCCGCCCCACAUGCAGCCGGCCCACGUGCCCGCGGGGGCCUACCCGCUGGCCGGGCCCUACGGGGCGCCCAGCGUGCCCGUGGUGGGCAUCACCCCCUCCCAGAUGGUGGCCAACGUCUUCUGCUCCACUGCCCAGCUGCCGCCCUCGAACUCGGGGGGCAAGGCCGGCCCCUUCCCCCCUGCACUGCGGGGCCCCGUGCUGCCCCCUCCCCCCCAGGCCCGGCCCAAGUCCGGCGGCGCCGCCCCCUGGCCCCCGGAGCCGGGCCAGCCGGGGGCCACGGCCCCCCCGCCCGCACCCCCCGGGCCCAAGCCGGACCCCUUUGAGGCUCAGUGGGCGGCGCUGGGGGCCAAGCCCCCCGGGGGGGCCGACCCAGUCAACCCCUUCGCCGGAGACCUGCAGAAAACCUUUGAGAUUGAGCUGUGAGCUGGGGGGGGGCUACCAGGGUCCCCGAGCCCCCCACUGUGGAACUGACUAUGGGGCCAGGUAGAGGUGGGGGAUGUACGGAGACCCCCCCACCCCAGCGGAACCUGGGUCACCAGCUCCUUGUCAAAUGGGGGGCAGCCUGGGGAGGGGCCCCCAGGACUGCUCCCCCCGCCUGCCCACCCGCACCAGCUUUGCUGCUGGGGGCUUUGCCGGGGGGCCAAUGCGGGGCUGAGCGUGGGUCCCAGUCCCUGGAGGUGGGGCUGGGGUCUGCUGAAGUGAGGGGGGGAACGUGGGGGUGAGGAGCCUCUCCCCCUCCCCCGGUGAUGAAAUGGUUAACAGGUCCCUAGAUGGCUGGCUGCAAAAGGGGAGGGACCCUGGGCUGUACGUUUUGGGGGUCUGGACCGGGGAGCACCCCCCAGAUCCAGGGGUGAUCAGGGCUAACCCCCCCCCCCCCGAGUCUAAUGGUCAGACCUGCAGAGAUGAGGCCCUGCAGCCCCGGGCCUGGGGGCAGGGGUGGGGGGCUGAGCAGAGGGAAAAUGGGGUCCUGGGGGGGGGGGGAUUGGCCUCCCCUGCAGGGAGCUGCCUCGGGGGCGGGGGGACUGGUUCUGGCCUUUCCGCCCCCGUAGGCCUCUGCUGCAGCAGUGGGGGGGGAUCACGAUGCACCAGCAUCACCUACUGGGGGGUGCUGUGGCCCCCCCAGGUCCCCCAGCGUGGCCCAGAUGGGGAGUCUGGAGGGAGGGGCAAAGCAGGGGUGAUGCUAACCCUAAAUCUUCUGCGGGGAGCUUCCCCCCCAUAGGAAAAAAACACCCAGAGCUGGAGCUUUUCCUGCCCAGACCCCUGGCUGGGCCUGGCCUGGGGGGGUCUCAGGGGCCCCUGGCCAAGCGGGGCGGGGGGGUUGUUCCUGGCUCUAAUUUAUUGUCUUCGAUUUUUAGUUCGGGAGCAGGGAUGGGGGGGGGAUCCUGGUGAAGAUGGGGGAGGGGCUCAGGCCAGGGUGGGAUGGACAGACAGACGGGCGCGCAUUGCCCCAGAUGCCCCCCCCCAGCUGUCUGCCCUGAUCCUGCCACAAGUCAAAGCCCAUGGGGGGGGGUGCAUUGAAGUGGCAGCUUGUCCCCCACCUGCUGGGGUGAUGUAGGGGGGAUAGUGUGGGAACUGGGGGGGGUCUGGAGUGGGGGGACCAGACACCCCUCCCACAGGCUGUGUGGGGUCAAGGGCAGGGCCAGACCCCCGGGGGGGCACCUGAGGCCUCUCAUCCGCCCCACUGCCUGAGCAGCGCAGCCUGGAUUCGCCCCCCCCAUGGGCACCACCCGGAGGUGCUUCGUGGGCCCCGGGGGGCUGGGGCGGCGGGGGGGGGGGGUGAUGCCACGUCGCCCGGCUCAGUGGAGGCCACACCGUGGGUGCAGGCUGGCCGUGCCCCACCGCUGGGGCAGGGGGGAGCUGCCGCAUGGGGGGGGCGCCCUGGGGCGGGGGGGCAGUGCCACGUUGUAGGUGCACAGAGCCCUGGGGCAGGUGCUGGGGUGUGGGGAGGGGGAGGCAGCUGCUGUCCUGCCCCCCCCCCCAGCCCUCCGGCUGGCACGGGCCCUGCACCGACCCCCAGGAGGCGACACUGGCCCCGGGGGGGGGGUGGGGGGGAGAGGAGAUUUUCUAUCUUUAUUUCCACACAUUUUGUAUCUAAAAUCCCCCCCCCCCGCGUUUGUAUGACAGAAAUAACUGCCAAUAAAGCUACCCUCUGCCGCCGGCUGGUGCCCUGCGCCGGGCGGGGGCCGUUCAGCUAA